GUUUGAUGCCCAGAUCAAAACCGCCGCCAAAAAGAUGAGGCGCCGGAACCAAGUCGUGCAUUCCGACUCCGACGGCGAGGGCAUGACCACCACCACAACCUCUGCCUCGGUUUCGGCCUCCGUCGCUAGCGGCGGCGUCAGCGGCAGCGGAAGCGGAAGCGUCGGCCGGCCCUCCCCACCAAACCCCAGCCCCCUCCCAGCCCCCUUCCCCUCACUCUCUCCGUCCUCUGCUCCCUUCGUCAUCUCCGAUGACGACGAGGAGGUCGACGAGAUCGUGGACCCCGACGGGGACUCCCCUAUCAUCGACGCCCCCGAGGUCUUCUCUCCGCCGGCUCCUCCCGCGCGCGCUGCUCCCGCUCCCCCUCCUCUCACUACCCCGUCCCAGACCCCAAUCCCGACUCCACCUCCGUCCCAGACCCCAAUCCCGACUCCGCCUCCGGCCCGGACCCCAAUCCCGACUCCACCUCCGGCCCGGACCCCAACCCCCACCCCCACUCCGCCUACGGCCCGGACACCAACCCCGACUCCGCCUCUGGCGCGGACCCCGGCCUCAACAGCGCCUCCGCACCCGUCUCCGCUGAGCGGGCGGUUGCGGCCGGUGGACGAGUUCCUGCUGCGGCUCGGGCUGCGUCUGCGGCCGGACUGGCUCGAGUCCUGCGCUGCGGGGAUUCCCGGGUUCGACGGCCUCGGUGGUGCGGAAGCGCAGGCCAGGCGGUGCUUCGAGCAGUUCCUCUUCGCCGACAUGAACUCCUGCGGGGCCGGGGUGCUGCCGGAGGGCGUUGGGGGCAUGCAUGCUGAGUUCCUUGAUGGCCCCUUCGUGCUUCAGGUUGAUGAAAUUGUCAAUAUUUCAGCUCCUUUAAAGGAAAGAUAUCGAGAAGCACCGGCAGGACCCAAAAGAUGUUUAAAACUAUCUAUGACAGAUGGCGUUCAACGAAUAUUUGGAAUGGAAUACAGACCCAUCAAAGAUCUGGCAGUUCUUGCUCCUGCUGGUUUAAAGAUUAUUAUAAGGAAUGUACACACAAGGAGGGGCCUUCUUAUGCUAGUUCCUGAGGCUGUUGAGAUUCUUGGUGGUGUAGUUGACGAAUUGGAAGAAGCACGUGAAAGACUUGUUUCUGAAGUAAACAAACCACCUCGUGGCAAAAGUAAACAGGGCGGAUUACCUUUAUCUUCAAGAGCCACGCGAGCUGCCUGGCCAUCUAGUACCAAUAUUACAAAUGGUGGUGAGCAAGGGAUCUCAAUGCAAAGAUCAGUUAAUUCCUCUUAUCCAACAGGAUCAGGUAAUGCUUUCCAGGUUGGUGGAGCUACAGAAACAGUGGUUGAAGAGCUUGUUAGCCCUCCUGUAGGAAACACUGUCCGAGAAAUCAACAUGCAGGGCCUAUAUGCUUCUCUUACCAGGGAAACUACUGAAACUUCUAUGCAUACUACCCAUAGCCCUCCUGUAGUAAACACUGUCCAAGGAAUCAACAUGCAGGGCCUACAUGCUUCUCUUACCAGGAAAACUACUGAAACUUCUAUGCAUACUACCCAUAGCCCUCCUGUAGUAACCACUGUCCAAGGAAUCAACAUGCAGGGCCUACAUGCUUCUCUUACCAGGGAAACUACUGAAACUUCUAUGCAUACUACCCAUAACUAUGAUCCCACUCAUAUCAUUGAAAGAAGUACAGGGACCAUCAUGGAAGAAUGUGUCGAUCCUCCUAUUAUAGCAAACAAUGUCCAUGAACAAAUGCAGCGAGUCCAAUCAGCUAACGUUGUGGAGGGUGUACAGUCUCCAAAUGUUGGCAAGAUCAAUGAGAUGGAACAGUCUUUCAUUCUAAGUGGUGAAAAUGAAGAACCAUUUACGUACAUAUACAGCAUGCUUAUUAACUGGGGUAGACAACAGGACACAAAAGCCUACAUAAAAGGAAAAAUCAAGGGUCUGAUCACUUCUGUCAAAAGUUUUCAAUAUAAACAAUGCACCAAAUAUGAGCUUUAUGUAUAUAUAGAUGAUGGGAGUUUCAUUUCAGAGGCCUUCAUUGACAGUGAUAUUGUGAAUAACAUGCUUGGUCUUUCUCCUGGAGAGGUUACUGCUGCUCUUUCUGGUCAAUUUGAGUUUGCAUCACCCAGUGAAGUGAAAGAAACUUUGAAACGGUUUCAGAGGUUUUUGGUGAAAUUCGAGGGAAUGAUGAUUAUUGAGUUAAACAAAAACUCUUCUAUUCCUGUCGUACGUGAGCUGAACGAAGGUUGCUCAAGUUCUACUGCAUGGCUUCUGCUCCGAAGGCUGAAAACAGUUUCUUCUCAAAAGCGCGUGCAAACUCUGGAUAUUAUGGACACCACUCCAUGAUUAUUUCCAUCCUCUAUUCUCAACGGAUACACAGAUCGCAAUGGUUUUGUUGAGCCAGGUCAUUGGCCAGUAUGCAUUUGAGCUGGGUGUGUGUUCAGUAUCGAGGUCUGGUUCAGGUUGCUGUCGCCGUGCGGGCGGUGUUCUUGGUGCCGAAUGAUGAAAACACAUUGGUCGAUUAGUGGUUGUCGUCCAGAGGGCAACUGCACUCUGAUGUGAGGAAAUGAAUGCAUGUUCUGGUGAUGCAUGUGGCUUGGACAUUGUGGAACGAACGCAAUCAACGUGUCUUCCAGCGCCGCCGCCCAGCGGGCUCUCAAGCUGGCCUCUGGUGUGGGACACCACGCCAUUUCCGAAGGGGCUUCCUGGAUGGAAGCAGGCUACAGCCUACAGUCCGUUGCCGUUUUGCUUGCUGCGGUUUGAAUACUGACCCUUAUUGUCGCAAACUAGAUUUCUGUAAAGGAACCAAAACGCCUGUCUCUGCGUGUUAGUAAAGCUCAAUGUUGCGUGUCCUCAUGCCUUUACUAUAGACAUUAUUAUUUGAAAGACUCUGUCCUAUAAUGCUAUAUAUGGCGUUUCUUACAAUA